CCGCUUCGUCACUGCUACACGUAACUGAUGUGGUUUAACGUGACAAUAAAAUACACAAAAUGAAUAGACGGAUACCUGGCUGAACUCCCCCAGCGACCAAGAUUACCUGCUGGCUGUAACCCACGUUACCACUAAACGUACCGCUAAGACUCUGGUUUCCAUCCCCCGUUUCGACCAAUAUGAGCAAACGGUGUGCGUUUGCGUCCAGUAGCGUGAGCUCGAAAAGUGCGCAGGGGGUCUUGUCUCGGUAGCUAGCGUUAGCUCUACAAAGCUGCCAUAGGUCUGAGUGUUUCAUUCACGGGAAGGGUACUUUUGAAUUAGCUAAGACUCGGCACCAUGAAUCUGUUACGAUUAGUGUGCCGCCACAAGACAGCCCUGGUCAUUGGCACUGUGUGCAGCUUUGCCGUGGUUCUGGUCUUCCUGGCUAAAUGUACCUCAGAAACCCUGAAACAGGGCCACCAGGAUCCUCCAGGCCUAGCCCCCCGUGCCAUUGCUGUGCAAUCCAACACAGAGACUCAUAAUCAUGCUGACACGUCCAAAGACAAGUCGGCGUUCCUGGUGGUCCUGAUUACAACCGGACCCAAGUACACGGAGCGGAGGAGCAUCAUCCGCAGCACCUGGCUGGCCAAGCAGGAGUCUGAUGUUCUGGCUAUGUUUGUGGUUGGAACCCAAGGGCUAUCCGGUGAGGACCUUCAGAACCUUAACACAGAGCAAGGGCGCCACAAGGACUUGCUCCUACUGCCUAACUUGCGAGAUUCUUACGAGAAUUUAACACUCAAGCUGCUGCACAUGUACUCCUGGCUGGACCAGAAUGUGGAGUUCAAGUUUGUCCUCAAAGCAGAUGAUGACACAUUUGCUCGUUUGGACCUCCUCAAGGAGGAGCUGAAGGGGAAAGAGCCCAACAGGUUAUACUGGGGCUUCUUCUCUGGGAGAGGGCGAGUGAAAACCGCUGGGAAGUGGCGGGAAAGCUCUUGGGAGCUUUGUGACUACUACCUGCCCUACGCACUGGGCGGGGGCUACAUCCUCUCGGCUGACCUGGUCCGUUACGUGCAUCUUACUGCGGGCUACUUCAAGACAUGGCAGAGUGAGGAUGUGUCGCUGGGCGCCUGGCUGGCACCAGUAGAUGUUCGGAGGACACAUGACCCACGCUUUGACACAGAGUAUAAAUCGCGUGGUUGCAACAAUAAAUACUUGGUGACACAUAAGCAGAGUCUGGAGGACAUGUUGGAAAAACACCAGACUCUGCAGCGUGAUGGCAGGCUCUGCAAGGAGGAGGUCAAGCUGCGACUGUCCUAUGUGUAUGACUGGAGUGUGCCACCUUCACAGUGCUGCCAAAGAAAGGAUGGCAUUCCUUGAUUUUUCUUUUUUACAAGAACCUGAAGUUGGCUUCUGUUUCAUAUUGUUCAAAUAGGGAAAAUGAUGAUUAUGUUUUUUGACCAAUACUCCAGUGUUACGACAUUUAAUUUAUUCAUGUUACAUGUUGCUAUAUCAGACAACAAAGUAGGUAACAAAAACGCCUAUUUCAGAUUUUUUUAACUGAGUUUUCACGUUCAUUUAGAAAAGUUUGACUAUUAUCAGUAUUGUGGAUUUUGUACAGUCGCAAUUUUAAUGUGGUUCAUAUGUGAAGUUCAUUUAUUAUUUUCUUUAUCUCAACCUGGUUUAAUACUGUUCGGACAGAGUACAAGUAAUGAAGUCCCACUUUUCAGUUUUCUACAACAUCUAAGCCUUAACUAUUUAUGUAUUUAGAGUUUAUAGAGUUAUGUAACUCUCAAGCCAUGAAGCCAACUUCAGCCUUGUGUCUUUUUCAGCCAAUAAACUCCUUCGGCCUUGUUAUUUGGACCCAUGCUCAUUUCAGCGCUCUCCUUACCUCCAGUUUACCACAUUGGGAGCCUAUUUCCCUGUUUGUGCUUUUUCUGAUGUACGUCCUGCUAAAUAUCUUUCCCAUACUAUGGGAUAUGUUUUAAGGUUAUUUCAGUAUAGUGUGUAUAUAGUACAGACACAUGCAGACGAGAGAAUCUUACCCUGCAAUGAUGUCUACAAUUUUUGUGAAAGCAAUUCAUAUUGCUAUUUUAUUUAUUGUUAAUUUAUUCUGCAGCACACACUGGUGUUAAGUUGGGACAGAAGCACAGUAGCUGUGGUUGCUGCUUGUGAGUUGCAUUUGUAGUUAUAAAGUUGUUGGGUUGGAGUUGUGUAUAAUUCAUGGAAUAAAUGGGCAAGAAAUGUUGUUUUUAAAGUUAAAACUUUUGUUUAUGGUAGUACAAGAAGGUUUAAUGUGUUUGGAAGAAAGAAGAAGUGAGAGAAAACGGUUGAAUGUCUUUAUUCAGCAGACCUUAUUCCUUCUACAGGAUCCUAGAUGAGGAUAUUUACAUUUACAAGGAAACAGUCCCACAUCAAUGUUUCAGUCAAAACCUGUAUUGUGUUGAAAUAUCAAGUUAUUUGGAAUUCUUUGGUUGCACCACACCACAAAUUCAGAUGGCGAAACUUGAUAUGGACUAACAGCUGGCACUUGGUCACUUUAAAAAAAAAAAGAAAUAGUCCAAAAAUCAUUGUUCAAUGAAUCAUUGUUAUGUUUUAUUUUGCUGAUAGGUUAAGUUCAGGUAAAAUAUCUUGUCAGCAGCUGCGUCCCAAAACGUAUAAAAUGUGUACAGUAUUGAUUAAAGGGGACAGGCAGUUGAAGCACCAUUAGUUGUAAAUGCUGGAAAACUGUAUGUCCAAACUUAAGUUUUUUUUUUUUUAUUAUAACCUGACUUUUUUUCUCACUUUUGUCACUAGCAGAUUGCAAUGCAGUUUGAUUUUAUGUACAUGGUACUUGAUGUUUUAUUGAAAAAAUAAAUGUACCAUUGUCCAUUA